AUGUCCCACCAAGUCAGACUGAGACUGCUGCCGAGCGCCAGGUGUUUGUUCGAUGAGCCUCUUCAGGUGAAGGUGUCCGGGCUGAGGUGCAGGCAGGUGGUCACCAUGAGAGCCAGAUCUACAGAUGAUAGGGGAGUGGUGUUCAGCUCCUCGGCCACCUACAAGGCUGAUGGUGAUGGUGAGAUUGACCUGAGCAGAGACCCCUCACUCAGCGGGAGCUACGUUGGCGUUGAACCCAUGGGUCUGCUGUGGUCGAUGACAGCAGACGCCUUGCACAAAAUGUUUCAGAAGAAAAGUCCCUUAAAUCCCCAUGUGUUGAACUUCUCAGUGCACGACGAGGACAGGAUGUUGGCGGAGGCAACUAAUGAGAGGUUUCUAAUGAGAGAUGGUGUCAGACGAGUUCCUGUCAAACAGGGGAAUAUUAACGGAGUCCUUUUUACUCCUCAAGGCAGCGGUCCGUUCCCUGCUGUGUUGGAUCUGUACACAUUUGAUGGAGGUUUGUCAGAGAAAAGAGCUGCUCUGCUGGCCAGCCGAGGAUUUCUGGUUCUGGCUGUGUCUCUGUUCGGUCACAACCUGCUGAAGAACACCAAAGAAAUUAAUCUGGAUUAUUUUGAGGAAUCAAUAGACUUUUUAAAAAGCCAAGAUAAGGUGGGCAGUAAAGGAGUUGGUGUAUUAUCCAUUUCAAAAAGUGGAGAUCUUGCUCUGUCAAUGGCCUCUUAUCUACCAGGAGUUGAGGCUGUCGUUUGGAUUAAUGGCUGCUCUGCUAACACAGCACUUCCUCUCUACUAUAAGCAAAAACUAAUUCACCCUGCAUUAAUGUAUGACAAGAAAAAGUUUAUUUCCUCAGAGUCAGGAGCUGUUAAUGUCAAAUUCUCUCUCCACAAUCCUCUUGAAGAAGAGAACAGAGCCACAUUGAUCCCCAUUGAAAAAGCUGACAGUCAGUUCCUUUUCGUGGCCUCAGAGGACGACCUCAACUGGGACAGCAAGGCUUACAUGGAUGAGGUGGUGGAGAGACUGAAGCAUCAUGGGAAACAGAACUUUGAGAGUGUCAGUUACCCUGGAGCUGGACAUUAUUUAGAGCCCCCUUAUGGACCAUACUGCCCCUCAAGUUUUCAUCCACUUGCAAGCAAGCCAGUUUUGUGGGGGGGUGAGCCCAGGUCCCACGCUGCAGCUGAAGUCCACCUAUGGGAGAAGAUCCAGGAGUUCUUCUGGACUCACUUGAGCUGUGAUGGUAAUCGGAAGAAAUCAAAGUUAUAG